AUGUGGAGGGGAUUCCGUGGCGCAGCAGAGUUUAUGAAAGUCUGCACUGGACUCCUUCUGGGGAUGAGCGAAUUGGUAAUUCGAGCGGAUCAAGGUGGUUUGGAAAUCAUCGAGGAAUUCAGCAACGCCCAUCAAAUCUUGAACCCAUUGCGAACGAAAACCGGGUACCGCUUACAAGAGGAUCACGAUAACGAUAACGACGAGGACGAGGAUGAGGAUGAAGAUGAAGAUGAGGACGAGAAUGUCGACGGCGAUGGUGGGCGCGGUGGCGGACUAUCGAAGGGGGGAAACAACACCAAACGUGGGCGAGGCUCAAACAAGCGUCCCCGCACCGGAGGCGUUGCUGGUGACGAAGACGCUCAGGAAAGCAAGGUCCUCUAUUUGGGGGGAUCCGACAUCUGA